GUUCAACCUGCCUUUCAAAUUUGACAGUUUUAAAUGACAGCACAGCACUAAGCACGUGGAGAAAAAUAAUUUAACUUUGAAAUUAAUUUUUGCCGUUUUUAGAACACAAAGUAACCUUUAUAAAAUUCCGAGAUGCCUAAGGUGCGGUCAACCGGGGGCCCUCCCCGUAAGCAGGGUUUUAACAAAUCAAAUCACUCGAUGAACCCCGAGCGCCCCAAAGAAGGUCUCAAGGGUGUUGCAAAAGUGCGCUCAAAGUCAACUAUCAAGCGGCUGCAAAUGUAUAGGAAUUUUAAAGCAAAACGCGACAAAACUGGAAAAAUUCUAACCCCUGCUCCCUUCCAGGGUCGUUUGCCAUCUGGAACUCAAGCUAGAGUAGAACCGAAUCAGAAAUGGUUUGGCAACAGUCGUGUGAUUUCACAAAAUGCGUUACAAAAAUUUCAAACUGAGUUGGGCGCCGCUGUAAAAAAUCCCUAUCAGAUGGUUAUGAAACCAACUACUUUACCUAUCACUUUAUUAAAUGAAAAAGCAAAAAAUGCGAGAGUUCAUUUAUUGGAUACUGAAAGCUUUGACAGUGUUUUUGGGCCUAAAAAGAGCAGAAAAAGGCCAAAUUUGGCGGUGAAGGGUUUGGAAGAAUUAUCAAAAUUAAUUGAAGAAAAACAUGAGAAAUACAGUAAUGAGAAAGACUCAAAUAUUGUGAGGGACGACGAGGGUGUUAGGGAUUUGCCUAGGGAUUGGGUCAUGGCUGCAGGCCAGUCCAAACGAAUUUGGAACGAAUUGUAUAAAGUUGUAGAUAGUUCAGAUGUUCUGCUUCAAGUAUUAGAUGCUAGAGAUCCAAUGGGCACAAGGUCUCCUUAUUUAGAAAAAUAUUUAAAAACAGAAAAGCCUCACAAACACUUGAUUUUUAUUCUAAAUAAAGUUGAUUUGGUCCCAACUUGGGUUACUCAAAGAUGGGUGGCUAUUUUAAGUAAAGAGUAUCCAACAAUUGCUUUUCAUGCCAGCAUAAUGCACCCUUUUGGCAAAGGAGCGUUAAUUAAUCUUUUGAGACAGUUUGCUAAAUUACAUAUUGACAAAAAACAAAUUUCUGUUGGGUUUAUUGGUUAUCCAAAUGUUGGCAAAUCGUCAAUUAUAAAUACAUUAAGAAGUAAAAAAGUCUGCAAGGUGGCCCCAAUUGCUGGUGAGACUAAAGUGUGGCAAUAUAUUACAUUAAUGAGAAGAAUUUACUUGAUUGAUUGCCCUGGAGUUGUUUAUCCAAGUGCUGAAACUGAUACUGAAAAAGUUUUGAAAGGAGUUGUAAGAGUAGAACUUGUAAAUAAUCCAGAGGAUUAUAUUGACGCAGUUUUGGAACGUGUUAGGAAGGAAUAUUUAGUCAAAACUUACAAAAUUGAAGAUUGGACUAGUGCUACCGAUUUUUUGGAAAAGUUGGCACACAGGUCAGGAAAAUUACUGAAAAAGGGAGAGCCCGACAUUGGAAUUGUUGCCAGGAUGGUUUUAAAUGACUGGCAGAGGGGGAAAUUGCCAUUUUACGUUUGUCCUCCAGGAUAUGAGGAAGCUUUAGGUACGGCUGAGAAAAAAAACACUGAUUUGAGUGUUGUACAGGAUUACAAUAAAAUCAGAGUUGGGUUGCACUAUGAGGGAGAAGAUGUGAAAGAGCUGGAACCUAUCAAAGAUAUAGAGAAGGCUGUUGUUGAAAAUGAAGAUAAGGAAGAUGAUGAAAAAGAAGAGAAGGGAAGCAUUGCCAACAAUUGUGAAGCUAAAGAUAUUGAAGAUACUGGAAUGGAAUCUGAUGAUUCUUCCGAUUUAAGUAAUAUUUAUUCUGAUGUAGAAGAGUCUAAAGAAACGGAAUUCGCCGUAUCAGCAAGUGGUCCGUUUAUUGUUGAAAGCAUUGCAAACAGAAAGCAGAAAAGAGGACGCAGAGUUGAAGACUUGGCUCUUGGAGGGAAGAAAUUAACAAGCAAGCAAAGACGAGCAAUAGAAAGGGCGCAAAAACGAAGGAAAAUUGGGAGUAACUUCUAUGAAGUUGCCAAUGUUAAGAAUAGGAGUUACAGACCGAAACAUAAAAAAAAAUCAAGUUUAUAACUUAUUUUUAACUUUUAAAAUAAAAAUUUAAAUAAAA